AUUCAAGUUAGGCCUACUCGCCGUCCAAGCUUUAUUCGGAUUAGGUCAUCGAGUGCGGUUAACAUUGUGUGCCGGAGAAAUGUGUUUAAAUAUGUUUUAAAGUGAUUUAUUAUAUUUCUUGUUAGAUACACGAGUACUACGAAGUAGGAGACCUGUGACAAUGGGUACAACAAACACAUUUUAUUUCAUCGCGUUACUAUCAUGUUCUGCGGUGUUAUCACUCAUACCAGAAAUCACGGAGGGACCAGAGAACCUCGCCGUCGUGGAUGGUUCCGAGGCUGUGCUCAAGUGCAGAGUGAUUGGAGACCCGAAGCCGAUCGUCAUAUGGACGAAGGAUUAUGCUGAGGUUACUGGUCGGAAGUACAACGUAACUGCUGACGGCGACCUGGUGAUCCACUAUGCGUCGUACCCCGACUCGGGCAACUACCAGUGCUAUGCAAUGAACAAGUUCGGAGCGGCAUCCGCUUCCGUAACACUUGAUGUUAAGAAACGCACAAUAAUCACCGACAGGCCGGAAGACUAUGAAGUAGCAGCGGGCUCCACCGCCACAUUCCGUUGCAACGCGAACGCGGACGCCUCGCUCGAGCUUCAGAUCAUUUGGCUGAAAGACGACCAGCAGAUCGACUUCGAGAAUCAGCCGCGGUUCCACAUGUCUUACGAUUAUUCUCUGCAGAUCUCUGAUGCCACGGAGCUGGACGCGGGAGAGUAUACUUGUAUCGCGAAAACGGCCAUUGAUGAAGCUAGGGCGAAGGCUACGCUUACUGUACAGGAUAAGCCAAACCCUCCGCAACUGGAAGGCGUGAAAUGCAACGAGCGUACCGCCACUCUGCGCUGGCACCCCAUGGGCGACAACCGAGCUCGCAUCCUACGCUACUCCAUAGAGUACAACACCACCUUCACGCCCGACACCUGGUACACGGCCGGCGUCAACGUGCCAGCCUUCUACACAUACUGGACCGUCCAGCUCAGUCCCUGGGCUAACUAUACCUUCAGAGUGAGCGCGUGGAACAAGAUCGGGCCGUCCAGUCCGUCGUCGCACUCCGAGGUGUGCAGCACGCAGCCCGACGUGCCCUACAAGAACCCCGACAACGUCGUCGGCGAGGGCUCCGACCCCACCAACAUGGUCAUCUCUUGGGAGAAAAUGCCACAAAUCGAGCACAACGGUCCUGGGUUCUACUACCUGGUGACUUGGCGCCCCAACAUUGAUGGUCAACCCUGGGUGGAGGAGCAGGUCCACGACUGGCAGCAGACGCAGUACGUCGUCACCAACACACCCACCUUCGUGCCUUACAAAAUUAAGGUAUCUGCAGUGAACUGUAAGGGUAAAUCCAACGUGACUCCCAUGGAAGUGAUCGGCUGGUCGGGCGAGGACGUGCCCCUGCAGGCGCCGCAGAACUUCACCCUCGUGCAGGUCACCACCGGCACCACUGCUCUACUCAACUGGGACCCCGUGCCGCCCGAGUCCGUGCAAGGACACUUCAAGGGGUACAAGAUACAGACCUGGGUGGAUGGAGAGGAAGAUAGCCUCAAGGAAAUACUGGUCAAAGCCGACGCAUCCAGCGCUCUAGUCAGCGAGUUCAAGCCCUUCAAGAAGAAUAACGUCAGGAUCUUAGUAUACAAUGGACGCUACAUCGGACCACCCAGCGACACCCUCAGUUUCUACACCCCUGAAGACAAACCCGGCUCUGUCAAGUCAUUCGAAGCGUACCCCAUCGGGUCAUCAGCCAUGCUACUCAAGUGGGAAAAACCUAUCGAUGAAAACGGAGUCCUCACUGGAUACAAUAUCUACUACCAAAAAGUCACCGGCACUUCUCUAGGACCCACCCAAGAAAGGAACAAGGAAAUCGACCCUAAGUUCGACCACGCAAAGUUGGCUGGACUCGAACCCAACACCAGGUACCGUAUUGAAAUCAGAGCAAAGACCAAGGCUGGGGAAGGUGACAAGUAUUUCGUGGAACAGUCGACGAAAUCAGUUGAGAAGGCCAAGCCAGACAUUCCACAGUUUGAGACGAGCACACUGCCUGCUAAGGAGGGGACUGCGCAUAUCUUGGUUCGUUGGAUUCCUUCGUUGGACGGUCACGCGGGCACUCACUUCGUGGCGUGGUACAAGCUGAAGGGUCACCCCGACUGGUCGAAGACUAACGAGGUGACGGAUGAUGACUACGUGAUCCUGACGGGCUUGGAGCCGGGACAGGUGUACGAGGUGAAGCUGACGGCGCAUGAUGGAGAGUACUUCAGCGCCAGCGAGAUCAAGGAUGUCGAUACUACCAUUGGUAAGCCCUCCCUUAUAUCUCUCCUUUAUGUAUGAUGAAGAGAAAAUAUAUGUUGUGGAGGGAUACCUACUUAUGUUGAAGUGAACGUUGAUGUCAUACUAUUGUUGCAUUUAUGUAGUAUUUUAAGUAGGUUUGUGUUUACAUCUUCUGCGUUUUUUUAUUACAAGACGUAAAUAAAAAUGUUAUUUCUACUUUUUGCACAAAA